AUGAACACAAAUAUCCGAAAAUCUAAGAAAAAGAAAUCAAAGUCGACUCGGAAGAAGACCGAAGACGAUGACAGUCUUGCACCACCCCCUGAGAAUACACAAGAGGCGCCCGAUACCAACUCUAUGGAGGUUGAUUCAGCCCCUGCGAGUGCACCCAAGCCAAAACGAACCUAUAAAGAGACAUCAUUUGUUGAUGACGAGGACCUUCAGGAUUCUCUUGCGACCCAGCGUCGAGCUGCUCUAAAGAAACGUAAAAUACUAAAGCCCGACGCUUUUGCUCGUAAAUUGCUUGAAGAUGCAGCAGCAGUGGCAGAAGAGGUCUUGGAUGAAGCAGAGAACGCAAUGGUAGAUGAUGAGGAAGAACCCGGGCUCAUCAUUGAUGAAACAACUGAGUUCGUGGCGAAUUUAAGAGCGGCUGUCAUCCCAGAACGCAAAAAUAUCAAAGUUGAAGCUUCUAGGAUCACAUCUAUGGCCGAUGAUUGGGUGGAACCUCUUAAUGGUGACAUCGAGGACAUGGAAGUUGACAGUGUUGACGACGUUGACGGUAAAGCCGGCCAUAAAUCUAACAACAUCACUCCCGGACCUCCGGACGGAGCCCCGGAAUUCUCUAGCACAGGUCUUGAAGAGGAAAUGACUAUGUCCAGAGGUGUCGGUGCCACACUCGCCAUGCUUAACCAGCGUGGUCUUCUUAAGCGAGACGAAGAAGCAGAGAAUAAAGUUCAACUACUUCGCGAUCGUCAGAACUUCAAUGUUCAGAAGCGACUCCGAGAGGUUGAGGCAGAAGAAAAGGCAAAGUCGCAAAGACUACGUGAUAGGCAGAGCGGGAAGUUCGAUCGCAUGUCCGCGAGAGAAAGGGAAGAGCAUGCUCGAUGGGAGAACAAGCAAAGAGACCUUCAGGAGGCAAGGGACUUGCAGACAAGGUUCAAAGAGUAUAGACCAGACGUCAAUCUACAAUAUAAAGAUGAAUUUGGCAGAGAUAUGACACCAAAAGAGGCAUUUAAACACCUCUCUCAUCAGUUCCACGGAAAGGGCUCCGGAAAGGCAAAAACUGAAAAAAGGCUUAAAAAGAUAGAAGACGAGAAAAAGAGAGAGGCCACAUCAAGUCUUAACACCAAUUCGGCGAGUGCUGUACAGGCCGCCGCAAAGAAAGGGAAGCAAGCAGGAGUGAGAUUGAUGUAG